AGAAGAUGGGAACAUCGAGUACAAGCUAAAGCUAGUGAAUCCCUCGCAAUAUCGCUUUGAGCACUUGGUGACACAGAUGAAGUGGCGACUACAGGAAGGCCGAGGUGAGGCCGUCUAUCAGAUUGGUGUGGAGGACAACGGGCUGCUGGUGGGCCUCUCAGAGGAGGAGAUGCGUGCCUCGCUCAAGACACUGCGCCGUAUGGCAGAGAAGGUUGGGGCUGACAUUACGGUGCUGCGGGAGAGGGAGGUCGAUUACGACAGCGACGUUCCAAGGAAGAUAACGGAGGUGCUUGUCCGAAAGGUGCCUGACAACCAGCAGUUCUUAGACCUGCGAGUAGCUGUGCUGGGGAAUGUGGACUCAGGGAAGUCAACCCUGUUGGGUGUCCUAACGCAAGGAGAGCUGGACAACGGGCGGGGCAGAGCACGCCUCAACCUCUUUCGGCAUCUCCAUGAAAUCCAGUCAGGAAGAACGUCAAGCAUCAGCUUUGAGAUCCUCGGCUUCAACAGCAAAGGAGAGGUGGUAAAUUACAGUGACUCCCGAACAGCAGAAGAGAUCUGUGAGAGUUCUUCCAAAAUGAUCACUUUCAUUGACCUGGCUGGCCACCACAAGUAUCUGAAAACAACCAUCUUUGGCCUCACCAGCUACUGCCCAGACUUUGCUAUGCUGGUGGUUAGCGCGAACACUGGCAUUGCAGGCACAACGCGAGAGCACUUGGGCUUGGCCAUGGCCCUCAAGGUCCCCUUCUUCAUUGUCAUCAGCAAAGUUGACUUGUGUUCAAAAGCCACCGUGGAACGGACAGUGAAGCAGCUGGAGCGAAUCCUGAAGCAGCCAGGCUGCAACAAGCUCCCCCUGCUUGUGAACUCAGAUGAUGAUGCUGUUACAGCAGCACAGCAGUUUGCACAGUCUCCCAACAUCACCCCAAUCUUCACACUGUCCAGUGUUUCUGGGGAAAACCUGGAUCUUUUAAAAGUCUUCCUCAACAUCCUCCCUCCACUGACCAACAGUAAAGAGCAGGAAGAACUAAUGCAGCAACUCACAGAGUUUCAGGUCGAUGAAAUUUAUACUGUGCCAGAGGUGGGGACUGUUGUGGGAGGAACUCUGUCGAGUGGGAUCUGCCGAGAAGGGGAGAACCUGGUGGUUGGUCCCACUGACGACGGGAAGUUCCUCCGGCUGAAAGUGUGCAGUAUCCAACGCAACCGCUCUGCCUGCCGUGUGCUGCGGGCUGGGCAGGCAGCCACGCUGGCCCUCGGCCCCUUCGACCGCUCCCUGCUGCGUAAGGGCAUGGUCAUGGUGAGCCCAGAAAUGAACCCCACCAUCUGCUCAGUGUUUGAAGCCGAGAUAGUGCUGCUGUUCCAUGCCACAACUUUCCGGAAGGGGUUUCAGGUGACAGUACACGUCGGGAAUGUGCGACAGACUGCUAUCGUAGAGAAGAUCCACGGAAAGGACAAGCUGCGGACAGGAGAGAAGGCAGUCGUCCGUUUCAGGUUCAUCAAGCAUCCUGAAUACUUGAAGAUCGGAGCCAAGCUGCUUUUCCGUGAAGGAGUCACCAAAGGCAUUGGGCAUGUCACUGACCUCCAAGCCAUCACCACCAAAGAAAACGGCCUGGAGGAGUCCCUGGGGCCUGGACAGCUGAGCUUCUGACUACCACUAGGUCAGAGAGAUCUCCACUCACCAACACCCAGGGAGAAGGAUGGAAGCUCCCAUGGCUCUCUGAGUGAUGCCUGGAGCUGCUGCUGUCCCGUUCUAGCGUGGGUGUCCCUCCUCCGCACUGUGAGAUGGAGCCUGGGAGAGUUUCUCGCAUUCAGUGCCGUACAUGGGGCAAGUUAAGCAUGUUCUCCACAUCGCCUGCAACUUUCGUUACCCUGCCCUCCUUCAGAACAGAUCAGAGGCACCUGCAGACCUGGGCAGGCAAGUUCUGGCUUUGUUUACUGUUUGAAAAUUACUGGUUAGGAGGAGCAGAACCCUUGAAGACUAGCAGUAAAGGGAUGUUUUCCCAGCUCUGACACAAGAUCUGGUCCCAUUUCUGCUUUCUGAGCACUGGGUUGAUAACAAUCCUCUCUUGAGUCAUCCUGCAGCACAUCCUUCUGGGCAGGGGAUGGAAGAGACCCCGCUAACCACAGUGGGGGCUUGGUUGAACCUCUCAGAAUGCAUUCGGGACACUUUUUAACUGUUUUAAUCUUGGUUGGCUUUAAUCUGCUGUGUGUCCAUUUGUGUGUUGGUUUUGCAUUACUCCGAUCUGAGUGUCUCACUGUUGGGCAAAUGUCCUGUUCCCUGCUCACAUGUACACACUCCUUCAGCAUCCUGCUUUCUGACUCCUGGGAAGCUGUGGCUGGUCCGAGUGGCACAGCCUCCCGAUGUAACGUCUUGAAGGCAGAGUUUGCACUUGCAUCUGUUCCUUGCAGCAGCUGGGCAGGAGGCCGUUCUGUGGAGAGCGGGGCCUGGGCCUGGGCCUGUGUUGGCGUGUGCAGGUUGUUUCUAUGGAUGUUCGGCUGACGGUGCCUUCUGCACGUUGGCAGCAGCGGUUUGCAGUGGGCUCCCUGGUGUGGCUGUUCCAGGUCCCAGCCCAGCCUGCUCCUCACACGCUUGCCUUUAAUGUGUGAGAACAGGCUGCGUUACUAACACAAAACCAGGUGACUUCUGUUGUUUAGAUGUGAUUUGACAGUGGCGUGAUUUUAUUUCUGUUUCUUCUGGAGGAAGAAUUCUUUUCUUUCCCUUGCCACUGGGGUUUGUUGUCAGAGGAAAGCUGAUGUUGCCAGCAAGGACUCUGUGCACAAAGAGUGGAGCACGUUUGUCUCCCGCUCGCUGUCGUACAGCUCCCCUGUGUAGCCUGGGAGGUGCAGCAGGGGCUGUGUAGCUGUACAUAGGCUUUUGGUUUUAUUGUUGACUGUUAGACCAAAUGUGUCUGCUGUGAGCAACGGGCCUUCAGCCAGCCCUGUCGCAUGGCAUGGUGGCCUGCCAGCCCUGACCGAAGGGAAGGGUGAGGACCUGUGAUAGCACUUGGACACCCAAACAGCCCUGCUACCACACUGAUGAGAGCAAGUUCUGCUUCUGGGCUGCUGGCACAGGCAGUGCCUGCGGGGCUGAGUGGCCCGUGCUGAUCUGUGGACGUCGCAA